UAUAAAUCUAUAAAAGUAUAUUGUCUUCAUUUCGUGUAAAAACCACAUGCAAUUUGUUUGUAAAUAUAAGUGAUUCCAUGGAUAAUUAAUUCUAUUUCCUAAAAUACUUAAAAAAUGGAUUUACUACCAAAAGAUCACAAAGAUUUUGGAUCCAAAGAUUACUGGAAUGAAUUCUUCUCUAAACAAAAGUCACAGCCCUUUGAAUGGUAUGGAGAAUAUGAAAGCUUAAGUGAAAUACUUGACAAAUAUAUUCAUCCAAGAGAUAAAGUGUUGAUUGUUGGAUGUGGAAAUUCAAAACUCUCUGCAGAUUUGUAUGAUGUAGGCAUUUGUGAUUCAAUAAGUAUUGAUAUAAGUUCUCCUGUUAUCAACCAAAUGAAAGAAAGAUAUGGAAAAGAUCGUCCAAAAAUGCAAUUUGAAGUUAUGGAUAUAUUUAAAUUAACCUUUGAUGAUGGAAUAUUUUCUGUAGUUGUUGAUAAAGGUACUCUAGAUGCUCUUCUUGUUGACAAAUCUGAAGAAGUAGAUGAAAGAAUAAAUACCAUGUUUUCACAAAUAGAACGAGUUUUACGAAAUGGAGGACGUUAUUUAUGUUUCUCGUUGCUACAAGAACAUGUUUUAAACAAACUUUUAGACUGGUUUAUAGAUAAGGGUUGGCUUAUUAGGUUGCAUCGUUGUACAAAAGCUGAAGCAAAACAUGAAGAUGCUCUAGCUUUUCCAGUAUAUGCUGUUGUUAUGACAAAGCUUAAGAAAAUUCCAGGUGCUCAAAUGGUUUUGGAGAUAGUGCAUGCUGGUCUUUCAACUCCUCAACGAUGUUCAUCUAAGUCUGAUGUUAUAGACUACGUGAAAUCAGCUCAGCACUAUGCAUUUUUAAAGCAUUACCUCAACAAAAAGAAAAUGGCUGAAGAUGAUAUUUGCCUCGAAUUAUGCUCUCCUGACACUGGCAGGGUAAAAUACAGAAUGUUUGUAGUAGACAGAAAAGAAAAAUCUAAGAUGAAAUUUGCAGUUUUCGUUGUUGUUCAAGGAAGAGAAACAGAAUGGCUGUUUUCAACACCUCAAGGACGUCAAGAAUUGGCAGCAAAUAUCAGUUGUGAAAGACUGAUUGUUGUACAUCUCUUAAGAGAUAAUGUGUACAGCAGUUUAGAAGAAGUAAAAAGUGAUCUUUCUGCGAAAGUACUAGAGCUUGCACCUGGCUCUUGUAAAGACCAGGUUCCAAUAUUAUCACUUGGAGAUGAUGUUGGCCAGCGGGAUAUUAGAUGUAGAGAUAAAAGUGAAUUAAGUGGGGAAUAUGUUGUUGAAGAUGUUCUUUCUAAUAAAGAGGAUCUGUAUAGAAGACUUAUAUUUCUCAAUAGUCCGUACAUAAUUCAGUCAGAAGCAAAAUUAAUGACUGUUCCUGUAAAAAAGAAGAAGAAAAAGGGCUCAUCUAAAUUGCAGAUUGAUUUCGAUUAUAUUGCCUGUGAUCAUCAUAUUGCCAUAAUUUCUGGUUUUGCAUUUCUUAAAUACAAAAUGUUAUGCCCUAGUAUAUUAUUAAUUGGUUUAGGGGGUGGAACAUUACCUAUGUACAUUCAUAAACAUUUCCCAGAUGCUUCUGUGGAAGUUGUUGAAUUAGACGCUUCUGUGCUUGAUAUAGCCAAAAAGUGGUUUAAUCUAAUUACAGAUAACAGAUUGAAGGUACACAUAUCUGAUGGGCUGACGUUUAUUCAAAAUGCGGCCACAAAUGGUUUGAAAUAUGAUAUUGUCAUACUGGAUGUUGAUAAUAAAGAUCUGUCACUGGGAAUCAGUGGUCCACCUGUUGCAUUUCUUGAGACAGCUAUGCUUGAAAAUAUGUUGCAACUUGUAUAUGAUUCAGGGCUAGUCAUUAUCAAUCUUGCAUGCCGUAAUUCGGAACUGUAUAAAGAAGCCUAUUCAAAGCUAAAAUCUGUAUUUAAAAUAAUGUAUUCUCGAAAAAUUCCUGCUGAAGUGAAUGAAGUUAUUUAUUGUGUCAAGACUGAUGAUUCCAAAGAUUUAUUGGAGUUAACCAAAGACAAUUAUUCUACACUAACGUCGUUUCUUGAAAAACGAACCACAUACAGUGAUGUUUUCGAUGUUGUUGAUUUAGAUUCAUGUUUGACUGAAAUAACAUAAUAAUUAUAUGUAUUAAAUAUUUGUUGUUUUAUGUUUUUUAAAAAAAGGAACAGAUUAAAGAAA